AUCAUUCUCUGUGUCACAUUAUAUUAUUCAACCUUAAAUUAGAAGACUAUACAGUCCAGUUCAACCCAUCCACUGCACUAACACCAUGAAAACCUCAUCAUCUGCUGCAUUUCCCCUAAUGAUCAUUUGUUUCUUCACACUUGCCUUUAACUCAAGGCAGCUCUCCGCCACCGCUGCUGCCACAACCACAGACGAGACGGAGUUCAUCUCCGCCACGUGCAUUAAGGCUUCUGCACCCUACCAAAGCUUAUGUAAGUCAUCCCUCUCCCCCUUCGCAAGCACCGUGAAGAAAGACCUUGGCAUUCUGGCUCGGCUUGCCAUCGACGUCAACCGCAAUCAAACCGAUCUCGUUCUCAGUACUGUGACUACUCUCAUCAGCUCAUUUACUGCAGGCGGGAGCAAAAACUUAACGAUCAAGGGUGCCCUUGAGAACUGCUCGACCCACUUGGAAAGUUCCGUGGUCAAGAUGCGGAGUUCCAUCGAGACGAUGCAACAGCUCAACGGAAGCCGUUCGGCGACACCGCCCCCGGCAGGAGGGCACAAGGCCUUAACAUUGGAAGAUGUGAAAGGGUGGAUGAAUGCAGCUUUGGACGAAGAGAAACUAUGCGAUAGGGCGUUCGAUCAGGUGGGGGAUAUGUCCCUCAAAGGCAACGUGUUGGGCAAGCUACUCCUGGCUAAGCAGUUCACUAGCAAUGCAGUGGCUUUGAUCUCCUUCAAUUUGCUCCAAAGAUUGGGGCUUAAUUAGCUCAUCUAUAUUACUAUAUACUCCGUACUACGUAUAUGCGUAGUAUUUUAUUAAUCGCCUAUUCCCUCUUCAAACAGACACAUUUCCCAUCUUAUCUUAUUUAAUUAAAAGUAAUUUAAGCGUUAAUGAUUAAAUAAACAUAGCAUGUGUUUGCAUAUGCUCUUCCCUGCAGUAAUGAAAAGUAGGUCAACUAUUUCAAAUUUUAGCUUAUCUUCAUUAUUUCAAAAUUAUUAUAUACGGAGUAUAAUUUCCAUUGGAUGUAAUUAAUAGUUUGACUUCUUGCUCAUCUUUACAAUACUUUUGCUUACACACAUUGUGUGAAAUGUAAUGUAAGGUCAUAAGCGGGAGAUCAAAUGAGAAUGACAUAAUGGGAAUGAGUGUGGUCUUGUGGUUCCCCAAAUUUAUGAAUUGUGCAUGA